AUGAAGCGAAGGAGGAGUUCCAGGACCCCAGAAGAGCCUCUGCACAAUCACCAUAAAAGCCAAACUGAUCUCUCUGCCUGGCGAAAAGGAGGGAGAAUUGACUCUGAAAAAAGUUUGCAGAAUAAUCAAUCUGCUAAUGAUCAGAAAUAUGAUAGCCAGGAAGGGUCUCUAGAGCAAGCUUUGAGCUACUUUGAGAAAGUUCAAGACUGUGUUGCACUGAAGAAGAAGAAUGUUGUGCAGAAACACUUGGAUGCUGUGGAAAGCACUGGCCUGAAACAAGGGCUGCCCCCUGAAGGGUUUGAGAUACUGCUCAGCGUGGUGCUCAGUGGCAAAUUUGCUGAUACAGUGAAUACUCGUUUAUUGAAGAGCCUGAUUCCUGCCUCAGUGGUACCAGAAAGUUCUGUGGUUACAGCUGUGUCUUGGCUCUGUGUCAGCAAAUGCUCAGGCAGCACUCAGCUGCUUUUUUUAAAGUGGUUGAUCACAGUGUUUGACUUCAUUGAUCACAAGGAACAGAUUCAUGCCCUCUAUGGUUUCUUCUUCUCCUUCCUGCAAGAUGAGAAUUUGUGCCCCUACAUCUGCCACCUGCUCUACCUGCUGACCAGGAAGGAAAAUGUCAAGCCUUUUCGGAUUAGGAUACUGCUUGACCUCCAAGCAAAAAUGGGAAUGCAGUCUCAUCUGCAAGCUCUGCUAUCACUUUACAAACUUUUCUGCCCAGAACAGGUGACCAUAACCCUUCCUGGGAAAAUGAAGACUUACUUCAAGAACUCUGAAGGCCCAUGGAAAGCAGCAAUCACUGCAGUAAGGCAGAGAACCCAGGGAACCUCUCCCCUGUCCAAAGCAGUGUUUUUAGGCAUAUCUCAACCUCAGUCACGAAAAAGGAAAUGGAAUGCCCAGUUGGUUAUACCUGCAAGCAGUGCAAACAUAAAUAAUUUAGAAGAGGACAGAGAAAAUAACUGUUUUUAUUUGUACAGUACAAAUGAGUCUUUUCCAGUGGAGCAGCGGCAGACCUUCCCUCAGCUCCUACAGAAUAUUCAUCAUCUAGAGUUUCCUUCCCAGAUGGGUUCAGUGCUAACAAACCCCUUAUUGCUUCACUACAUGAAUUGUGUGAAAGAUGAAUCUAUUUACCUGAGGCUUUACUAUUGGAUGGGCCAGAUGCUCCAGGAAGAAUGCACCUGGUGUGUGGUUGAUAACCCAUAUGAAGAAGAAUUCAAGAGCUUCCUGGAAACAAUCUACAAGGCAGAAUGUUUCUUGCAGGAUGGAUUUUCUGCCUGUGAAGAGUUCCUGUAUAAGACCCUUCCUCUCUGGGAUGGCUUCUGCUGCCGCUCAGAAAUCCUCAGGCUUGUGACUUGGAUCCCCCUCAGCAGUUUCUCUGACAUUAAGUCAUAUCUCUAUGAUCCCCUGGCACAGCUCUUUUUCACAUCAUCUAUUUACUUUAAGUGCAGUGUUCUUGAGAGCCUGAAGGAGCUGUUGCAGAACUGGUUAAACUGCAACGUGAUUCAAACGGAUUUGGAGUUUUCUUCUGUGAACACCACCCUCUCUGGACUAGUGAACGUGGUGGCUGAACUGGUUCACUUUGUGGGACGGAUCUCUACUGUUGCACUGCGUUUGGAAAACAAUUCCACACUCUUGCUCUACUUCAUUCUGGAUUUCUAUGGGACUGUGUGUGACAUAUACCUGAAGUACAAGCUGCCUUUGCUGAUAAUGCCUCCUGCUGGGGUUUUCUACCCAGCACUGCUCAGCAUGGAUUCUGUCAACUUGAAUCAGCUCUGCUACAUUAUGUACAGGUAUCGAACCAACUUGGUGGCUGCAAAACAAAAUGAGCUGAGUAAAAAGAAAAUACUGCAGUUCAAGUUCAGUAACAAGACAUAUCAAGAGUACAACCAGUACAUAGUAGCUAUGGUGGGCUGUCUGUGGACAUCCAGCGCAUUCCAGAAGGAUAUUCAUCCUCAAGGUCUUUGUAUGGAUGAUAAACUGCUGAGUAAAACUGCAGUGAAGGAAUUAAAAACCAGCUUUAACAUUGUUUAUCAUCCAGCCAUGAUGGGCUACUCUGUUCAAUUCCUGCAGCAGAUUUGUCCUGAUGAUACCACCUUCAACUUCAAAUUCAUUAAGGGGAAAAAGUGGGACUGGUAUCUGGAAUAUCUCUACACCCAAGGCUUGAAGGGGCUGAAGGUCUUUAUUGAGAGCAGCAUCAGUCGGGUUUCCCAGGCUUCUCACAGCAAAGCUGGGAAUGUGGAAGCGUGA